AAGCAGCAAGCUGGAGCGACAAGAGAUGCAAGUUUGGUUUGAAGCUCACAAUUCCAAAACUCCAAAGACUGAAAGCACACACACAAAAACUAACCAUGAUUCCCCAAUUUAUUACCAUCCCCCUGGAUCAGGAUCCACUAGAAGCCUCCAGCAGUGACUUGAACUGGGAAAUGAGCACAAGCGCCAUCAAUGCUCUAUGCGACGACUCUGAAGAAUCCCACGAGUCUCACUACACCAAUCAUUCUCAUCACCUAGACUGCAGUGCUCAACAACGCUGGCAAGCCACUUUCUCUUGCAGCUGCAAUCACCACAACGACGAAAACCUGCCCAGCCAACAGCCCAGCUUGAAGAGGAGCAAGAGUGUGAGCGCCAGGAGAGGAGAACAAGAAGAAGAAGACACAUCUCCCAUUCCAUUGAGUUCCAUGCGCAGUACAGACUCCCCACCCCGCCUGCCGGGAAGAAGAAGAAAAGCACCUCUGCGACGAUGCAAAAGUUCACAGCCACCAAGAUACCCACAAAGACCCAGCUUGAUGGACUAAGGAAACGCACCACCAUAUAGAAGCAAACUUAUAGAAGCAAACUUAUAGAGAAGCUAAGCUAAACACUAGAAGAAACAACUCAUAGAAGUACAC